ACAGAGAAGGAGGGGGGGGACAGAGACUUGCUGCUCCUGAGAAGGAAUAUAAAGAAUAACCAUGAAAGUGAUUUUUCUACUCGUGACAAUUGGGCUCCUAGCAGGGGCCCAGGCUCGCUCUUUUUUCAAAGAUUCACCCAAGACAAAAUGGGAAUCUGCACUGGACAGCUUCUGGCAGACCCUCAACAAGAUGGAGGAGGCCGCAGAUGAAGCCACAUCAAAGAUGAAAGACUCUCAACUUGGCAAAGAACUUGAUGGACUCAUCAAAGAAACCAUGGAAGAACUGAGUGAUUAUGCUGAUAAACUAAAGAGCAAGGUUGGCCCCAUGGCUCAAGAUGCUCAACAGCGUUUCACCGAUGAGAUCUCUGCUCUGGCUGACAAGCUCAAGAACGAUAUGGAGGACAGCAAGACAAGAGCUAUUCAGUACUCCGGAGACCUGAGAUCCAUGUUCGAUCAGAACAUUGAAGAUGUUCAAGGAAAGGUCAGUAUGUACAUGAAGAAGCUGAAGAAGCGCCUUGCAAAGGACAGCGAAGACCUCAAGAGUAAACUCAACCAGUACGGAGAUGACCUGAGCAAGAACACCCAGGAGAAGGUGGAAAACAUCCGCAAAACUGUUGAGCCCUACAUCAACGACUUGAAGAAGAAGGGACAGCAGCGCCUUCAGUCUCUGAAAGACGCCAUGGAUGAGCAAGGAAAGCAGCUGAGAGAUCGAUUUGCCUCAGUGGCCAAAGAUGUCCAAGGCAAAGUCAAAAAGAUGGCCUCAGAUGUGAAGAGCAGUGUGGACAAGCUGUCAGAUCAGAUGCGCAAAUGGUUCAACCCCUCUAUAGAAAACCUCCGUAGCCAGAUUCAGAACCUGGCCAAGAGCUUGCCACCCAAGAAACAAUAAAACAUUGGCCUUCAUCUCUGCAUUUACUGCCAUUUAUCUAACAUUUCAUUUGUAACACAUAUGCCAAUUGCUGCUAAUCUUAAACCAAAAUCUUGCCAUCCAAAUGAGGUUGCAGAUUUAAAGUCAGUUACACUUAACCCCACUUCCACUGUUUGUCCGCUUCUGGACAA